CUUCAGUCAGUGUAGAAGCAUCAUCUUGAGCUCUGAGAGGAUUUCUGUCGUCUUCAACUCUCUUCUCUGGUGGAGUGCAUGUAAAUGAUGGAAACACUGGUGACGUUCCUCCUCACUGGAUCUCUGAUACAAGGUGUUUUUUGUGGCUACAGUAUCAGUCUGCCACAGAGAGUAGAAGCUCUACAAGGAUCCUGUGUUUUCAUACCCUGCUCAUUUGACAUCGAUCCACAGCUUAGCAUGUACCUCACUAACACUGUAAAGAGAAAAUGGUUUAAUGCUGUAAAACAAGUGUUUGACUCCAGCAGCCCCAACACUGGACUGUUAAAAGGAGAAAUAUUUGGCACUGCUACACAGAAAAACUGCACCACACGCUUCGAUAAUGUUGAUCAGAGUCAUAAUGGGUCAUAUUACUUCAGACUUGAAGCCAGCAUUUUAUUGCAAUAUAGCUACAAAGAACCUAAACACACACAAGUUCAAAUUGCCGUCUUAGGAUCUCCACCCAAACCCACACUGAGUCUCUUUAAGGAUCAGCAGGAGGUGAUGAAGAUGAUGGAGUGGAUUGAGGGAAGUUCAGUGAUUCUGCGCUGCUCUACUAAGAUCUUCUGUCCGUCUCGUCCACCAUCUCUCAGAUGGAGCUCAUCUCUCAAUGAGAACGUCACAGAACAGAAGUAUCAGAACCAAACUGAGCUCAUCUCUGAUCUGAACUUCACUGUUUCUCAGCGUCAUCACAGAGUCACUUUCACCUGCACUGCAACACAUCAGCUACAGCAGCCGAUCAAGACACAAGAGUCCUGGAUAAUACUAGUUCAGUAUGCUCCUAAAAACACAUCGGUGAGGAUAAAUCCAGCUGGUUUGGUUCUGGAGGGCUGUUCUGUGACUCUGAGCUGCAGCAGUGAAGCAAACCCAGCAGUGAACUACACCUGGUACAGAGACACUGAAGGACUCCUGAAUCCAGUUCAGACCGGACCAAACCUGACCAUCAACAACACCGACCCGUCACACAGAGGACGAUACUACUGUAGAGCUGAGAACAAACACGGCACUCAGAACACAUCAGAGCUGCUGGACGUCCAGUUUGCGCCCAAAAUCUCCAGCUUUUGUAGCCGAAAAAGCGUAAUGGCAUGUGUCUGCGAGGCUCAUGGGAAUCCCUGUCCUACACUAGAGUGGCGUCUAUCUGGACAUGUGUUCGCUAACUCUACAGAAACAUCCAUCAGUGAGGAGAUGUUAGGAAGCACAGGAGUGAAGAGUGUCCUGACCGUCCAUCAGUCCCUCACAGACACAGAUGUCCUGCAGUGUUUCAGCGAAAACAUUUACGGCAGCGCUAGUCAACAGUUUCAGACCAUCCCACCGCCACAAGAGACAGGUUUCCAUUAUCCAUCGGUGCUGCUCGGAGCUGCUGUCGGUGUUUUACUGAUGCUGAUCGUGUGCAUCGUGAUGCUCUACUGUGAACGAAAAAGUAAAGAAAAACCUUCAGAAACCAGACAAAAUGACACAUCUGGACUCACUCUGACUCAAACAGCCAUUGCUCUGGAUCAUGCUGCUCAGUUUAUUUAUGAUGAUAACGGCAUGCUGUCAUCCAUCACACAGAGUGCACCAGAAUCUCUUCAUUAUUCCUCCAUCGGCUUCACAAACACUGAAUCACAGUCAGAAGAGAUCAGGGGCAUCGCCUUGCUGACCAGUGAAUACGCUGCGGUCCAACAUCGUUCUGCAGAAGCCACAGAUGCAGAGAACAACAUCUCAACAUUGGAGACAGAGCCCAAAAAACACAACAUGAAAGCAGAGAUCACAGACACGCCACCACCGGCUUCAGAAGACGUGAUUUAUGAAAACACGAGCCAUCGCUACAGAAAGAAAUAACUUUUUUAGGUUUUAUAGAGCGAUUUACUAGAUAGUUCAUCCGAAAAAUUACAAUUACCACACAAUAGAACAUUCUCAGGAAUCAGAAACUUCACUACUUUGUGUAAUUUCGAGUCGGACCACGUACCAUUUCAGCACUUCAGUACGAUUUGGUGAACUGGUUCAACAAA